GGCGCGAGGCGCCAUAGUGACCGUAGUCCUGGAGACUGUUACUUGCCAACGGGAGCAACAGGCAGCGCCGGUGGCCGGAGCGCAGCGCAGCGCCUCGCGGGGAGCCCGGCCGGGAGGGCAGCAGUGAGCAUGCAGAGCUCAGAGGGUGGAUCAGAUUCAGCGACUUCUGUGGCUCUGCGUACUUCUGCCUCGGCCCAAGCUCCAGUAGUGCAACCAGUGCCAGCAUCUCAGCAGAGGGUUUUGGUUCAAGCAACGGGCUCUGCUCCCAAAGGAGCACAGAUGCAGCAAAUCUCCGUUCCCAGAGUUCAGCAGGUGCCACAGCAGGUACAAACUGUGCAGCACGUGUACCCAGCUCAGGUCCAGUAUGUGGAGGGAGGAGAGGCUGUCUACACCAAUGGGACCAUACGAGCUGCCUACUCCUACAACACCGAAGCUCAGAUUUACACCCCCAGCAGUGCAGCUUCCUAUUUCGAACCACAGGGAGGUGGAGCUCAGGUGACUACAGCGGCAUCCUCUCCUACAGCCAUUCCCUCUCACAGCAUGGUGGGCAUCACCAUGGACAUUGGGGGAAGUCAGAUCCUCUCCAGCUCAGGAGCCUAUCUCAUUCAUGGGGGGAUGGAAAACACUAGACAUUCUCUGUCACAUACUUCACGUUCCUCUCCAGCAACGCUUGAAAUGGCGAUUGAAAACCUACAAAAAAAUGAAGGGAUUACAUCACACAAAAGCAGUUUGCUCAACAGCCAUCUCCAGUGGCUGUUGGACAAUUAUGAGACGGCUGAAGGAGUGAGCCUCCCCAGGAGCUCUCUGUAUAACCAUUACCUGCGGCACUGUCAGGAGCACAAACUAGAUCCAGUGAACGCCGCUUCUUUUGGAAAACUGAUCCGCUCCGUGUUCAUGGGACUGAGAACUCGGCGCCUGGGAACAAGAGGAAACUCAAAAUAUCAUUAUUAUGGGAUCCGUCUAAAGCCAGACUCGCCGCUCAAUCGCUUGCAGGAAGACACCCAGUACAUGGCAAUGAGGCAACAGCCCGUACACCAGAAACAAAGGUAUAGACCAACGCAGAAAAUGGACGGUGUAGCAGAGAGCAGCUCCAACAGCGGUUUGCACAGUACUCCAGAGCAGUCGGUUGCAGCUCAAAGUCAACAUCAUCAACAGUUCAUAGAUGUAACCCAUGGCUUUCCUGAGUUCCCAGCACCUGAUCUUGGAAAUACCCUCUUGCAAGAAGGGGUCACCAUGAACGAUAUAAAGGCUCUUCAGCUUCUUUACAGACGACACUGUGAGGCCACUUUAGAUGUUGUGAUGAAUCUUCAGUUUCACUACAUUGAGAAGCUGUGGCAGUCAUUCUGGAGUCCUAAAACACCACCUAGCGAUGGCUCCACUCCCAUGCCGUCCAGCGAGGAGGAGCAUGAAGGGGUCCUCCCAAAAGACAAGCUGAUCACUUUGUGUAAAUACGAACCCAUCUCGAAGUGGAUGAGGAGCUGCGAUCACAUCCUGUAUCAGACCCUGGUGGAGAUCCUCAUCCCUGACGUGCUGCGGCCUGUGCCCAGCACUUUGACGCAGGCCAUCCGCAAUUUUGCAAAGAGUUUGGAAGGUUGGCUGAUGAAUGCAAUGAGUGACUUCCCACCACAGAUAGUCCAGACCAAGGUUGCAGUAGUGAGUGCCUUUGCUCAGACAUUACGGAGAUACACAUCCCUGAACCAUCUCGCUCAGGCAGCUCGUGCCGUGCUCCAGAACACUUCCCAGAUCAACCAGAUGCUCAGUGACCUCAAUCGGGUGGACUUUGCCAACGUGCAGGAGCAAGCCUCAUGGGUGUGCCAGUGUGAAGAAGGCACGGUGCAGAAGCUGGAGCAGGACUUCAAACUCACACUACAGCAGCAGAGCUCUUUGGACCAGUGGGCCAGCUGGCUUGAUAACGUUGUCACCCAAGUUCUCAAGCACCAUGAGGGCAGCCCCAGCUUCCCCAAGGCCGCGAGACAGUUCCUCCUGAAGUGGUCCUUCUAUAGCUCCAUGGUGAUCCGUGACCUCACCUUGCGCAGCGCUGCCAGCUUUGGUUCCUUUCACCUGAUUCGCCUGCUCUAUGACGAAUACAUGUUUUAUCUGGUAGAGCAUCGUGUUGCCCAGGCAACAGGGGAAACGCCGAUUGCUGUAAUGGGAGAGUUCAGUGACCUGGCCUCCAUGUCAUCAACGCUACUAGAUAAAGAUGAUAUCAGCGACUUGGGAAGCGAGGUGGAUGCAGACGCCCGGAGCAUGGGCGAGCCGCUAGUGAAGCGAGAGCGCAGCGACCCCGGCCACUCGCUGCAGGAGAUCUAAAGCGGAGACCCGGGCUCCCUGCAGCUGGAUGAAGACUUUUGGAGCCAGGCUUGAAAGUUGCAAGCCUGAGGAUCCUAGUAUUCUGCGCUAUUAGUGCCUCUUAGUUUAUCUUCAUGUUUACUUCUAUUCAAGGCAGGGUGGAGGGCAGUGCAGGUGCAUGCAAAGGAUGCAGCUGGGGGGAAGUGGGUGGCUGUUUAUCCUUGUGGGCAGGCUGGAGGAGAAGUCUGCUGGCUAUCUUUCUUUGCGUAGAAGCAGCACAGUUGACAGGUGAAGGGUGGUCCAAAGGGCCACCAUGGAGAGGACAACACCUCUCUCGUUGGGAAUAGAUUGAACUCCCCUGGCUGCAGGACAUUGUGGAAUGAAUGGCUAAGCCAUGUUUAACUGGUUGGAUUGCUUUGGAGUACAGAGGAGUCAGGUGAGUGACCAAGGGGGCUUCUGUUUCAAGGGGAUGGGGUUGGGUUUCUUCCCUAUUCUUUAAGAUUAUCACUGUGAUAUGGAACUUGGACUAACCAGUGCCCACAAAAGACACCCAGCCCACCUGCCGUGCCUACCACAGUCCUUCAGGACACGCUCUUUCUGGCCCUGCCUUUGCCAAAUUAUUCACACUGUGGGACUACGAUACAGCAUCCUCUUGUACCUACCUAGAGAGAAGGGCUCCGUGCUGUGUGCACAUCCCAACUGGCAGGGUGGCAGUGCUGCGCAUGGUUCAGCAUGAAGCAGCUUGCCUCCCUGCCUCGUGUUACCUGCUGUGCACCAUUGCUUUUGGUGUGUAGAUGACCCUGUGACUGCCAGGUAAAUGGUCCCGAAUCCUGCCGCUCUCCCAGGGGCCCCUGGCCCAACCUGUCCAUCCAACUCGAAAUACCAAAGGACUCCGAGGAAGGGGCAGCUGGUCACCAAGCCAGCUCAUCGCCCUCUGUGCCCUAACGCUAACCCUUGAAAGACAAAAGGACGAAGGUUGCAGAUCCUCAUGGGAUAGUCCAGCUUAACAGGGAGCGUGUCCAAGAAUCUCUGUACCUACUGUGCUUUAAAGGUCAGGUCAGACAUCUGGUCGGUAUGCUGAAUGUAUGGCCUUGGGCGCAACUGAUACAGCGCACGAGCCUGUGGCAUGAGGACAGAUGCCAGGGUGAUAUUGCAGUGCCUUAGGGAGGAUCAGCAUUCCUGCUCUCCUCUGCCGUUCUGGUUUGAACUCACACAGCAGUGCCUGUCACUCGGAAUACGAGGUCUGAACAUGAGCAAAGCAACCCAUUUCCGCACCGCGGUCACGGACGCCUCGCGGGGAGCAUUGGCCGCAUCCACGGUCACCACGACAGUGGUAGCUCCACGUGCUAUGCCACUUGCAAUUUCAGAUCAGUCUCAUGGCUAUGACCAAACCCAAUGGACAUGCGUGACUUUGGGUGUGUUUGGUCUCAACAUGUAUAUUUACACCAAUGUGUCCUGUAGGGUUCACGUUAUGUCAUGAACUACUGUGCGGGG